GUGUCUACAGUUUCUCUUCCACCCAGUGUCAGUUGGCCGUUGGGCAUUCUAGUGUACAGUGUAUUACGUUGCGCGGCUAAAACGGUUGGCCGUGAAAGUACUUUUUUUUAGCAAAACACAUUUUCUUGCCGUGUUUACUAUCAAGAUGAGCUGGCAUCUCACGGAGGGAGCAGUUGCCGUAAGACUUUUAAUUUAUGUUGAUAUCAGACUUUAAUGCAAGGUGGCGCCAUUGAACGUCCAGUAAUGCAGAUUGUGGACAGCUUGAGAGUAAUAGACAGAGACCAUGAGACAUAUCAGCUUAUGGUUUCUGAUGGCAGCCACAUGAGCAGCAUGGCCAUGCUUUCAACACAGUGGAAUGUUAGGAUGAGAUCUGGACAGCUGUCACUCUACUCUGUGGUCAGAGUGAACCGUUUCAGAAUGAUUAACUAUGCAGAGGACGGAGAUGAAAAACGUAUCAUGCUCAUCCACAACCUGGCAAUACUGGCAAAGGGGACUGAAGUGGGCAAGGAGAUUGGCAACCCUGUGUUGUACACAGAGUACGAGGUGGAACCACGUGCGGCAGCACCACAGUACACGGAGCGGCAAUCGAAGACUGCACGUGCGCUGUCGAGACUGCGAGCGAGGGUACUGUUCAGAGAGACACUGUAUACAUUGGAACCACGUACGGCAGUACUGCAAGUUUUGUUAAAGCGGAGAGUGAAACAGCCCCCGUUGCCGAUGCGUCGCACAUUGCUGCGUGCAGCGUCGCUGCCCUGGCCACCACUCCGUGCAGAGUUGCAGCACGUAGCGGAAAUGCCCCCAGAUGAGAGGCGUGUAGCCGUACUAAGUGUAUCGAUUCUGCGCGUGACAGCACGGAUCGCACGAAGACAGCUCCCACCGGCAUUGCGUGGUGCGGGACAGCUCCCACCGGCAUUGCGGGGACUGCGAGUAUCGGCACCGGGUGCGUAGCCCUUGACACCCGUGUGUUCUGGGUGACAGGUGAAGUGGUUUCAGCAUGUGGCAAAUGGUGCUGGAGUCACUGUAGCAGCAGAAGUACUAUCUGGCACACAGUCCCUGUCACCCCACUGUGAUGGUGUUAAGAUUUUGUGCCACCGCUGGAAUCAGUAUGGCAUAAGAGUGACAUUAGCAAGUGAUGGCUAAACUGAGUGACUUUUUAGGGGAAACACUGACUUAUUUGCUAUUAAGUAUGGAUUUCACAAAAGGUUCAGUACUUGGUAUGUUCCUGUUAUUAACCUUCAUAAGUUCUGUAUCAUGAGCAUUAUAGAGCUUUCCAAAACCUACUAUGCAGUGCAUACUACUCCUGGCACAAACUCAACUACACCAGACAAAUCAAAGUUAAUAGCUCUCUGUGAAAAUACAAUAUACAAUAAGCUGGUGUUCUUCUGUUGGUGACAAAAGCAGUACCAGUUUGGUGAGAGACUACAACUGGUAAAGGUUGAUUAGUUCUUUCACUCCUUGGGCUACAGUGGUGAGGUGUAUAAUGGAUGCAGCCUCUGAAGGUGACCUCUCACUGCAGUGAUGUAACUCACCAUAGAAGUUCACCACCUCCACUGAGACUCUGUGAGCAUACAUUCUGAGAGACACAUAGAUGAUGGAUGACAGAGGUUUGAGGUUUGGAUCUAGUUUAUAAUAAUUAUGUGCCUAUUGCUAUGCUGUUGUAAUGUUAAUACCAGAAAUGACCUCCAUCUGUAUAAAAAGACAUGUAAUUUUCUGCUUUUUAUUAUGCAUUCAUCUUCAGUAUCAUUUGUGAAGUUUAAAUGUGUUAUUGACAAUGAGUUUUUAAGGCAAAUAAGUAAUUGUAAGUUCAGUGUAAAACAAAAAUUAUGUAGCAUUUGGAAAAUAAUAUUAUUUGUGUGCUAAAA